AUGUCCGAAUUGUACCAUCCAUCACCAUCAGACCUCAUGUUGGCACCAUCAAGUUUGUUGGUGUUUGACUUUGAUAGUACAUUGGUUAGAGAGGAAAGUUUGGUCACCAUGUUGGAGUAUGCUUUGAGAGAAGAAUACGGAAAUGAUGAAGAAAAAAUUGAGAAAGCUAUUGAACAAAUCAAGGAAAUUACAAACAAGGGAAUUAAAGGAGAAAUUACAAUGGAUACUUCUUAUGCAAACAGAGUUGGUACAGUUAAACCAACAAGAAAACAUUUGGAAAAAUAUUUACAAAGACCAAUUGAUCAAAUUUUAACUCCAAAAAUGGAUAUUGUGAUUCAAAAUGUUAGAGAGCAUUAUCCUUCUGUUCAAAUUCAUGUUAUUUCUCAAGGACCAAAAGUAAUAGUUGAACAUUAUUCUAAAUUAUUAUUUGGAAUUCCAAGUGAAAAUAUUCAUGCUGUAAAUGUAAAUUUCCCAGAGGAUGGAGUAGAUGUUUCAACUCAUGAAUAUAUUUCUCCUCAAGAUGAAAUGUUAGUGAAAGGAAAAAGUGGAAUUUUACAAAAAGUUAUUGAUGGAAUUAAUUCACAAUAUACCACAACAGGAACAAAGGUUGAAAAUAUCAUUGUCGUUGGAGAUGGUGUAUCAGAUAUGAAUAUGAAACACAAAGGACCUGCAACAGUUGCCAUAGGUUUUGGUGCUCACUUACUUUUCCAAAAAACUAAGGAAUUGGCAGAUUAUUAUGUAACUGAUUGUGAUCAAUUGAAUCAAUUAUUAAUUGAAAGACUUUUAAGAGAUAUGGUAAGCUAUAACUUCUUCCCUGGUCCUGCAACAAUUCCAACUGAAAUCAUGUUAAAAGUCAAAGAUAAUCUUGUUUGCUUUGAUAGAGGUAUUUCUGUUUUUGAAUAUUCACACCGUUCUCCAAAAUUUUUAAAUGUUUUAAGCAAUGCAGAAAAGAAACUCAGAAAAAUUGUAGAUAUACCAGACGAUUAUGCUGUUCUCUUCUUACAAGGAGGAGCCUAUACUCAAUUCUCAGCAAUACCAAUGAAUCUUUGUGAAAAUACUGAUAAUUCUGCCAUUUAUUUGGUAUCUGGUAUUUGGUCAAAGAAGGCCUAUCAAGAAGCAAAGGAAUUUAUGGGUGGAAAUGUUCAACAAUUGAGUUUAGAAGAAGCUGAUACAAUUACAUCCAAUGAAUUCUAUACUCGUUGCUCUUAUGUUUAUUAUUGUGAUAAUGAAACAGUUCAUGGUGUUGAGAAGCCGAAUGACUUCCUUGACCAAGUCUCCAAAGAUGGUAAAAUAUUAGUUUGUGAUAUGAGUUCAAACUUUUUAUCUAGACCUGUCAAUGUUAGAAAGUAUGGUCUCAUUUAUGCAUGUGCCCAAAAGAAUUUUGGUAUUGCUGGGCUCACAAUUGUAAUUAUUAGAAAGGAUUUAAUUAAGGAAAGGGAAAAUUAUGUUCCUUCAAUGCUCGACUAUCAAGCAUUAUAUGAAGAAAAAUCACUUCUCAAUACACCUGUCACUGCAGCAAUUUAUGUUGCUGACUUGGUAUUUGAUUGGAUUAUUGAGAUUGGCGGAUUAUCUGCUCUGAAUGAAUUGGCUAUUAAGAGAUCAAAUCUGCUCUAUGACACUUUAGAAAAAUCAUCAUUCUUUGAAGUUCCAAUCAAGGAGGACAUUCGUUCAAGAAUGAAUGUUGUUUUCAAGAUUAAGAAGGAAAGUUUAGAAAAGACUUUUGUUAAGGAAGCUGAAAAGGUUGGAUUGAUUGGAUUGCCAGGUCACAGAAGUGUUGGAGGAUUCAGAGCUAGUCUUUAUAAUGGUAUGUCAAUGAAAGGAGUUGAGAGACUUUGCAAAUUUAUUCAAGCAUUUGAAAACAAGUUCAAUACUCAAUAAUAACACUCACUAAUUAGUAU